UCCAGCAACGCCUCGGAGGGAAUUUCGGUGCUUGUCCGAUUUAGUCGCUUCACGUUAAUACUUCAUUCAUUGUACUUUAUCGGAUUUAAGUAAUCACGUCCACGGAUUGUUCUGUUAAAUUUCCUAUUCCCGAUUUACGGUGUUAAAGUAGAAUGAAUGGGAUAUUACAGCGCUUGCACAAAAGGACUACACCGAGUGGAGCCGGUUGAAAACUAGACACACGAGCUUAUACAAAUAUGGCCGUGUCUCGGGCUGUGAAAUUGGACAUUCAGGAUCAGAAUGAAGAGCCAGUUACAUUAAUGGACAAGCUACGUCAGCAUUACGAACACCGGAAGCAGACCGGCCAGCGGACUCGGUACACGAUGUACAUGUGCUGGGCUCUGUGGAUCUUCCAGAUCCCGACUCAGUGGUAUAUCGCCCAUAUCUAUCUAUUUCCGUAUCUUCUGCAUCAAUUUACGGAACAAACACAGUUCUAUGUGCAGGUGAUAUACUUCAUUUGUGGAACAGAGACAGUUAUCAACCUAUUAUGUAGCAUGUGCUUUAGUUCUAAAUAUGUGAAAAGCGGAGAUAACCACGAGCUCCAGGGGAUCAAAGACCACGGGAGGAAUCCUUCGGACCAGUUCUUGCAACUAAACGAUACUACGAACGGACACCUGCCGGACGAUGGCGGGCUUCCGUGGUCCUACUGCGACAAGUGUGACAUCAUGAUUCCACCCAGAGCUCACCACUGCAAGAUCUGUGAUGCUUGCAUUUUAAAGAGAGACCACCACUGUUUCGUUGUGGGGAGAUGUAUAGGGCAUUAUAACCAGCGUUACUUCGUGGUGUUGACGUUUUACGCCACCAUCAUAGGAAUGGGUGGUGCUAUUCUGACCCUCUCUUACCUUCACUUGUUCUACUGGCCGGACGCCACGUGGACGGAUUUUGUUCUACCGGUCACAUUGUACAGAGGACUGUUUGGAACGAUGAAGUGUCAUAUUGCCAUCAUGAUAGUCCACAUGUACACCGAGAUUGCCAUUGGAAUUCUGGGCAUGGUCUUCUUCCCCUAUCAAAUGUACACGAUCUAUAAAGGGGUGACUGUGUACGAAAUAAUGAAAGGCGUCUCAGUCUUGAAUACCAACUCCGCCAAUGCUAACUUUGCGUCUGUUUUUGGUAAUUUUUGGGCCCUGAAUUUUGUCUUUCCAAUGACAGUGCUUUGUCGCCAGCAAGAGGAUGGCACUAGUUGGAGAGGUGUCAAAUUGAACUACAGCACAAAAAUACCGAAAUGAUUCGUAAUUCAUAUUUUUCCUACUUUAAAUAAAUAAAAUCAACAAGUUGGUUCAUUAUGAGAUAAAUCUUUAAUUUUAGCACUUUAUGAUAUUUGUUUUAUGCCUGCAUCAAUAAAAUACACAUUGUACAACAUUAAUCAUGUUAAUAAAAUGAAUUAAAUGAUGAUGCUCUGAGCAUGCUUGAUCACAGUCCAUGGCACAAAUCACUACCCUGAUUAAACCAAUUAUCCUUAAUAUCAAAUCAAAUUCCCGGUAAUAUUUGUUAAAAAUAAGUCGUUAUUCUGUCUUUGUGACAAGUUUAUUCACCAACCCCACCAUUCAUGACAUCCCC